CUGAGACUGAAGCAGCUGACCUCAGCGCUGCGAUAUCAUUAAACAUCUGCAGUGUCACCAUGUUUUCCAAUACGUCUCUGCCUCAUGUCCUAAAGUCUCUCAAGAAAGACGAUACGACAACCGUGGACAUUGACGCCAUUAUGGACAACGUCACCAUUGUCCUCUACACGCUGACGGUCGUGCUCGGCAUCACGGGGAACUCUGUGGUGAUCUGGGUGGCCGGAUUCAAGCUCAAGCCAAAGGUCACGAACGUGUGGCUGGUGAAUCUGGCGAUAGCCGACCUGAUCUUCUGCUUCACGCGAAUCUUCUCGCUUACUAAGAAGCUCUUCUUCGACCACUGGCCAUACGGCAUCUUCCUCUGCAAAUUCAACGGCUUCUUCAAGUACGCCAACAUGUUCUGCUCCGUCUUCCUGCUGGCUGUGAUCAGUCUGGACCGGGCGCUCUGCGUCUGGCAGCCCGUCUUCACCAAGCGGCGCCGCACCUUGUGGGCCGCCAGGAUUGUUGCCGUGUGUGUCUGGAGCACUGCGAUCAUCUUCAGCACUCCGUACUUCUACUAUCGCCAAGUCUACCUGAAGAACAACCUCACCAAGUGCUCUUUUGACGUGAAGGAGAAGGAAAUAAACAACAGCGCCAAGCUGGCGCUCUACUCCAUCCGCUUCCUGUGUGGUUUCAUGUUGCCUUUCACGGUCAUCCUCAUCUGUUACAUCCUAGCGGGGAUUGGCAUCCGGCGUACCCGCCUGUCGGGGAAGUCACGACCCCUGCGUAUACUCGCCUCAUUAGUGGUGGCAUUCUUCCUGUGCUGGGCGCCGUACCACUGCCUCCUGCUGGUGAAGAUGGGAGACAGUAAGAACGCCGUGGUGAAGAUCUGGCACCCCGUGGCAAAAGGUGUUGCCUACUUUAACAGCUGUGUGAACCCGCUCUUGUACUUCUGCAUGGGGCUGGACGUGAGGGGGCGGUUCAGGCAGAGUCUGGCGGGCGUGUACAGGAGAGCUCUGGCGGACGACGUGGACGGACAGACGACGCAGUCCAACGAACGCUCUCUGGAUGACAGCAGCGGGUCCAAACCCAGCACUGUGGUGGUGGUGGGACGGAGUCAGACAUCAGUGGACGUAGCAAAAGUUUAAGUCUCUCCUGGAGUUUCCUGAACAUGCGGUUGAGCAUUAAAGGGUCAUACUGCUGUUUUUUCGUGUUUUUAAUGCUGUGAUUGGGCGGCUCAGGAGUGGGCAUGAUUUAACACAUACAGAGUGACUGUUGGCCUCCACCUUCACCUCCCUCACCUGCGUUGUUAUAUCAGGAGGACAAAAAAAUUAAUAAAUUAGACCUCAAAGAGAUGAUAUUUGACUGGAUACAUUUAUAAUUUGGUCACCGAAAUAAGUUACUAAAAAUAUUUUAACAUUUUACAUUCAGAGAAAAGAUAUAAUUUGAUUUUAAAAUUUAAAAAAUGACACAUGUUCAGAUAUAAUGAGGCAUAUAGCAAGAACAAGUGAUAAGAAAACAUUUACACAAGAUUAGGACCUAAAAACAAAAUAAUUGAAUUGAUGGUCUUUAACAAGGGCUUCAGCAGAGGGUGUAAAUAUGUCUCAAAAGUGAUAGUUCAGAUCGGCACACCCCCAAUUUGAAGAUACAGCAUUGCUACCAAAGCAACGUACUGAUGCAGAGGGCAGCAAGAAAAACACAUUUUAGCUGCCUAAAAGAGCCAGUAAAGUAAAGUACAUAAUACAAAUACAUACGAAGCCACUUGUACACUCCUUCAGUUCAUUGUGAUAUUUCCCUCUCAAGGUGCAUACGAAAAAUCGCACCUACAUAAGCGAUGACCUGAGGAGCUUAAAGGCUUUUGAGCCCUUACAGUGAAGAGACUGACUGGACGGACACAUGCAGGUCAGAUUUAGAUUUUCCUGUGAAGUCGUGUGUUGAUGCAUGUGAUAAAAGUCACAGAUGAAAAGUGGAACUGUGGUGAAUGAGGAAGAAUACGAAAGAUGUGAGGAGGGAAGUGAGCCUAUUAAAAAGAAAUCCAGAAAUAACUUGACGCUGUCCUGUGUUCAGGGGUCAAACUGAAAGGUAGGUGAACUGAAACUGUACAAUAAGUCACCCCGUUUCUAUGACUGUUUUUGUUUUCUGCUACCAGAUUUGCUAAAAAGGGUUUCAUGGGUGGCUCAGUAAAGGAGUGAGCAGAGCAUUUAUGGCUUUUAUGAAACAUGUGCAUGUGGAUGAUGAUAAUAAAAAUGUAGCCUGAAAGCUGGUCAGCCAACACAAUAAACAUCACUUCUUAGCAACAGGCUCAUAAAACACAGCUGCACUUGCUCUGCAGAUUACUUACACAUCACUAAGAAACAUUUCUCUGUAUCUUGAGCACAAUACUCUCCAGGUAUUAUGUCUUUUCUGCUGUGUACAGUAGCUGCAGUAUCAAGUUUAAUGUUUUGAAACACUGUUACACUUUGAUUUAAAUUUUACAGUAGUGAUGGAUUAUAAACUCAGUUCUACUUUUUUUGUUGUAAAUUUCUGUAACACAUGAUAAAUGGAUUUGUAAAUACUACCAUAAGAUUAUAGAGAAACUUUAAUGUGAAAAAAGCUUUUCAAGUUGUCAGAAAUUGUGUGUUUAAUCUGUUUAGCCCUUUCAAAUCUGGCCAAACUGUUUU